AUGACCUCUGCAAAUGUCUCUUUGGUGACCGAAUUCAUUCUGGUAGGAUUAACAGACCAGCCUGAUCUCCAAAUACCCCUGUUCUUUGUGUUUUUAGCAAUGUAUAUCGUUACUGCAUUGGGAAAUUUGUGUUUGAUAAUUUUAAUUGUACUAAACUCACACCUUCACACCCCAAUGUACUUUUUCCUCUUUAAUUUGUCCUUCAUAGACUUCUGCUAUUCUUCUGUGUUCACGCCCAAAAUGCUGAUGAACUUUAUAUUAAGUAAGAAUGUCAUUUCUUAUAUGGGAUGUAUGACCCAGCUCUAUUUCUUUUGUUUCUUUGUCAUUUCUGAAUGUUACGUCCUGACAUCAAUGGCCUAUGAUCGCUAUGUGGCCAUAUGUAAUCCACUCUUGUACACUGUUGCCAUGUCCCCUAAAUUGUGUUUGAACCUUAUGCUUGGUACAUAUGCAAUGGCAUUUUCCGGUGCCAUGGCUCACACAGGCUUCAUGCUCAGGCUGACCUUCUGUGAUGCAAACACCAUCAAUCACUACUUCUGUGACCUCCUCCCUGUGAUGCAGCUCUCCUGCACCAACACCUAUGCCAAUGAAUUGGAGGUUUUCAUUGUGGUGGGCAUCAACAUCAUUGUGCCCAGCAUCACCAUCUUUAUUUCUUAUGGUUUCAUUGUCUCCAGCAUCUGCCAUAUAAAAUCAGCUGAGGGCAGGUCCAAGGCCUUCAGCACCUGCAGUUCUCACAUAAUUGCUGUUUCUCUGUUCUUUGGAUCAGGUGCAUUUAUGUAUCUUAAACCCUCCUCAGCUGGGUCUAUGAAUAAAGGAAAAGUCUCUUCUGUCUUUUAUACCAAUGUGGUUCCCAUGCUGAAUCCAUUAAUUUAUAGCUUGAGGAACAAAGAUGUAAAAAUGGCCCUGAGAAAAAUUCCGAGGAAUUGGAAAUUUUGA